CCCUCCCGCCCUGACGCUGCUUCUCCCUGUGCUUUUCCCGCAGGAUGCCCAACUGGGGAGGAGGAAAGAAGUGCGGCGUGUGUCAGAAGGCGGUAUAUUUUGCCGAGGAGGUGCAAUGUGAAGGCAGCAGCUUCCACAAGUCCUGCUUCUUGUGCAUGGUCUGUAAGAAGAACUUGGACAGCACCACCGUUGCUGUGCAUGGAGAGGAGAUCUACUGCAAGUCCUGCUACGGCAAGAAGUACGGCCCCAAGGGCUAUGGCUACGGGAUGGGAGCAGGGACCCUGAGCACUGACAAGGGCGAGUCUCUGGGAAUCAAAUAUGAAGAGGGCCAGCCCCACCGACCCACCAACCCUAACGCGUCCAGAAUGGCCCAGAAAGUCGGAGGUUCUGAUGGGUGCCCUCGCUGUGGUCAAGCGGUGUAUGCAGCCGAGAAGGUGAUUGGAGCGGGAAAGUCCUGGCACAAGUCCUGCUUCCGCUGUGCCAAGUGUGGCAAGAGCCUGGAGUCCACCACGCUGGCAGACAAAGACGGGGAGAUCUACUGCAAAGGUUGCUACGCCAAGAACUUCGGUCCCAAGGGCUUUGGCUUUGGGCAAGGUGCCGGGGCACUCAUCCACUCGCAGUGAGGCACCGGGAGCCGGGCUCUCCACUCGCUAUGGGCUUGUCCAGACCAGCCUGCGCUGC